AUGUCUUCGGGAAAACAGCCUAACAAGCAGCCUCUCAAUCUUCAUUAUCACAAAAGGAGACGAGUUCUUUUCAGCCCAAAGAGAAGGGGAGGUGAACCCGCUACAGCGGAAAACUUAGGUGUUCUUACCAUGGAAUCUAGGCGCUGCUUACGGACUCUGGCUGUCUAUCAAGCGCAAAAAUCGCAAAUCCCUCUCCCUCGUUCUCGAUGUGCUGCUGUUCUCGUUGCGCUCUUCGUGGGCAGGAAAGGCGAUUUGUAUGUUUUACUCAGCAGGCGAUCUGCUACACUGCGAGCAUACGCCGGAGACACAUCCUUGCCUGGGGGGAAAGUUGACCCAACAGACCGGACAUUAGAAGAGACCGCCCGUCGCGAAGCUUUUGAAGAGAUCGGACUACCGAAAGACAGAGAGAAAGUCCCGUUGUUGUGCAUAUUGGAACCAUUUCUAGCUGGGAAUCAACUCAUCGUCACACCAGUCGUCGUGCUAAUUCUCGACAAUACUUUACAACCAAUUCUCAAUCGUUCGGAAGUCACCUCUCUAUUCUCCCAUCCGCUCGCUUCGUUCAUUUCGUCAAUACCGCCAUAUCCGACUGAGCCCGAGAUGGUCGAGUUAGAGUAUCAUACGUACUUUGACUUUGACUGGGAUGGACCUCCGAUGCGGAUUCAGAACAGCAAAGGGGAAACGGAGAUGAUGCAGAGUAGGCAGGUACGGAUGCAUCGUUUUAUGACAGGAAGAGAGGCAGGCGGGAUCAAACCAGUUUUCGGGCUAACGGCAGCGAUGCUCAUUCACACCGCCCGUCUUGGCUUCACUCGUGAUCCUGACUUUGAGGUCAAUUCACCCACUGCGCCCACGAUGGAGCAACGUCUGGCAUGGGCUACUAUCAAAGAAGGAUCUUUGAUAAAGAGAGCGCUGCUUGAGGACGGAACCGAUGUUGACUGGCUCAAGCUGAAGAGACUGGCCGGUUCGGUAGAGGAAAACCCUGACCAGAUAGUAAGAAAAGCCGGAGAAGCCGCCGAUUCGCUGGUCCGUUGGAAAAGCAUAUUUUGGCGAUCGUCAGAGUCCCAUCGGAAAGGAAAGAUAUACAAAGGUAAACUGUAA